AUGCUCAGGCACUCGGAGCGUGUCCGCAGGCCUUCGAGGCGUCUGCUGUUAUCCUCUGUUCCUAUGGAAUCCCAAGUUCAAGCGAGGAGUCAAAAUGCUCGAGCUAGUGACGGUCGUCAAGAACUUACCGGGAAAUAUCAAGGUUCUGGUCAUCCAGACGCCCAGGAGAGAAGCCCGAGCGCUGGGUGGUUUGUGGAACACAGCAAUAACUGUGUACAGCAACAGGCUAUCUCCCAUGCUGCCAGCCCGCCACCUUCGAAUGCAGACAGCCAGCCUGUGACUGUGAUUUCACGGAUUGAAGCCAUCUUCGAGUCGAUUGCAGCCGAUAUACAACAGCGCAGGGAAUUGUCUAUCCCGUAUUGUCGUGUCAGAGGUACUCGUGACAGCAAUAGCCAGCUAAGAUUUCCAGGACGCAGUGUUUCUGAGGCAAGGUCGUUUGGUAAGAUUCCUUUGCUCAACCCUCGGAGACAUAGUACGUUUCUGCGGGUUGUAUUUAAAUUGUCCUGUUUCCGUAGCCCGGGUGCUAUGCGUCCUCGAGAUUUCGCAUCAGGCUCUUAUAACCGGCAAUCUUGUGACGAAAAGACCGCCGCUGGCAAGGGUCUAAUCAUAGGUCCAAUUUCCUUCGUCCUCAACGGUGGCGCCAGGGUCUGUUGCGACAACGUGCGGACUGAGGGAACAAUUAUUUGUUCAACAGAAAUACUAGGCCGAUUUGAGUUUCCGUCUGCACGUUGGGUCUUGAUCAUCGAAAAAGAAGCAACUUUUAGGACUCUUGCGUCCUCCCAGUUCUACCGGAACUCACGUGCCGGACCUGGUGUUAUGGUUACGGGAAAAGGGUAUCCGGACCUCAGUACGAGAAACUUGGUGUACUGUCUUCGGGAAGCACGCCCGCGGAUCCCAAUCUACAGCCUUGUGGAUUAUGAUCCUGACGGGAUCAGAAUACUGUGCACGUAUAAAUACAGCAGCUCUGCUUUAGAGCAUGAGAGACAAUCGGCUGUGAGCAACAUCCAAUGGAUAGGGAUUCGCUUGUCAGAUAUCAAGGAGCACCAUCUUAGACCAUGCAACAGCGUCUUGCAAGAUGCUGGCUCCCCCGUCAACACUGAAAUACACUCAGGAUUGGACGUAGGACAUGUUCGGAAUCGACCGGACUUUGCCAUGUCGCGACAGAACGCUUUCGAAGCAAACACUUCCCAGCUGACAACCAGGGAUCGUAAACUUGCACAUGAGUUGGUCUCAAAGCUAUCUGGAUCAUUAGAAACGAGGGGAGAACAUGACAAAUAUUUGCGCGAGCUUCGAGUCAUGCUCAUGCUCAAUGUCAAGGCCGAGAUACAAGCUGUUGACAACCUCGGGGAUAUCACCGAGUGGCUAGACAAAAAGCUUUGCUCCCAGUUGACGAAUGCAUAG